AAAAGUAGCAGCUCUCCGACCGUGACGCGCACACCAUCUCCGACUCCGGCUGCCCCUCGAAUCCAACUUGACUGAGCGGGAAAUAAAGAGUUUCUUAACAUCUCCCGGUGACUCUUCCAGCCAUGGACGCAUCUCGACUCGUGUCGCUAUAUCUGGGCCUGCUGCUUGUUUUCCUUGGGAAUAUACCGUGUUUCCAGUCUGCUGCUAUCAUCUCUCCCUCUGCGCCGAGGAGGAACAGGGGAGCCAGGAUCUCUCAUCAGGACGGACAAAGGUCAUCCAAAUUCCUAAAAGACAUCUUCACGUCUUCGCAUCCGAUCGUGGGCCAUCACAAAGAAGACCUAAAGGACGCUAUCGUGCCUCAUGAAUACAUGCUCUCCAUAUACAGGACAUACUCGGCUGCAGAGAAGCUCGGACUAAACGCAAGCUUUUUCCGCUCCUCUAAAUCUGCCAACACCAUAACAAGUUUUGUGGACAGAGGAACAGACGAUCUUUUGCACUCUCCUCUGCGAAGACAAAAGUAUCUGUUUGAUGUCUCAACCCUUUCAGACAAAGAGGAGCUGGUCGGGGCGGAAUUAAGGAUAUUUAGGAGAGCGCAGAGCUCCCUGCAGACUUCGGGUCUCUACGACAUCCAGUUGUACCCCUGCCGCUCGGACAGACUGCUGGACUCCAGGUCUCUGGACCCUCUGGACUCCACCAAGGCCGGCUGGGAAGUUCUGGACGUGUGGGAAAUGUUUAAAGCGCACCAUCAUCACCAUCAUCCCCAUCACCAUCAGGGGAACCUGCUCUGCUUCCAGCUGCGCGUCACUCUCGGUAAAUCAGACACCGAGGUGGACCUGAGGCAGCUGGGGCUGGAGCGGAGCGGCCGGUCCCAGCGGGAGAAGGCCAUCCUGGUGGCCUACACGCGCUCCAAGAAGAGGGAGAACCUGUUCAACGAGAUGAAGGAGAAGAUCAAGGCUCGGAGGUCGGUGGGAGACAAGGAGGAGGUGAUGGUGGUGAAGGCUGCAGCGGAGGAGGGGGUGAAAGGAGAAGGGCCCCGGAGGCGGAGGAGGACUGCGCUGAGCAACAGGCACGGGAAGAGACACGGGAAGAAGUCCAAAUCCAGGUGCAGCAAAAAGGCGCUGCACGUGAAUUUCAAAGAGCUGGGCUGGGACGACUGGAUCAUCGCGCCCCUGGAUUAUGAAGCGUAUCACUGUGAGGGGGUCUGUGACUUCCCCCUCAGGUCGCACCUUGAGCCGACCAACCACGCCAUCAUACAGACACUCAUGAACUCCAUGGACCCCAACAGCACCCCACCCAGCUGCUGCGUCCCCACCAAACUCAGUCCCAUCAGCAUCCUGUACAUAGACUCAGGCAACAACGUGGUGUACAAACAGUACGAGGACAUGGUGGUGGAGCAGUGUGGGUGCAGGUAGCGGCCCUUAAGCUCGUCAGAAACUUUCACAGACUUACAAAUCAAAGAUGAGUCUUGAUGGGUCCGUGCAGGUGAAAGAUUUAAGCCCUGAAAUGCUUUUACGCACGACGCGCCCUGUCUUUAUUCAAAGGGAUGCACGCGAAGGCGACUUCUGCUAUUUAUUCAGACUCAGCACAGUCACAAUAAUUCACACUCUAUGCCUUAAAGUGUUACGCCUUCAUUCCCAUCCACGCAACAGGUCAGCGCUCAUCAAACAGGCUUUUGUUUCCCAGAGAGAGAGACGUGUCCAUAUGGCACAGAGACUGGGGACGAGGCGAGAUGGGAGCCUGUUGGGAUGGGAGCCCGGCUGUGCACCUGUUCGUGCCGAGGCCAGAGGACAGCGCGCUCUGCCUGUCUGUCAGCGCUUUGUUGCAGCUCUGCCGUGUGAUCCUGCCUGCCAGGCCGGACUCUUUUGGGUCUGUGCAUCCAGGCCGUAAUUGCCACCGUCCAGCUGGAGUCAUUACAGGCCCGAGCAAGUGCUUGUUUUCCAAAAAAACAGAGAGAGGGGGGGUGAAUGUCUCAUACCAAACACGCACUCACACACAAACACGGACUGGUCUGAGCAGAGGAGAUAAAAUGGUGGUGGCCAUGCCGUCAAGAGAUUUUUGCUUUACUGGAGACCAGUGGAGAGGCGUCGCGCGCCUCCGUGGACAGGAAGGACACAGAGAGUCGUGCCUGACUGGGGCCCUGUUGUAAAAAAGAAAAAAAAAAAACACAAAAGCACACAAAACUGAGGCGAACUUUUUGCUCAAAAGUCUGCAUCUUUACGAAAUGCACUUCCACAACUGACUGCUCCACGGACACGCAGUCAGACAGAGAGUUUCUCUCUCUGGUGACAAAAAUAUAAGAAAAAGACUCGAAAACGAGACGCUAUUUAAAUGCACAUUAGCUUUGAAUGCACUGCUGUUCAUUAUUUUUGAGCUGUAAAUAUUUGUACAGUGGAAAACUUUACAAAGUGCAACGAAUGAAGAAAUGAGAAAACGGCAUUUCUUUGUAAAUAUACAAA